AUUCAGACGCCAUGUUGUUGCCAGCUGCCGAGCGCUGGUCGAGGAGGGAAACCUGAGCAGAUUCACCACCCGUGUAAACAUUGCUGUUUCCCUCGAAUUUAUUCUCACAACUUCAUUACUGCGAAUGAACGCUACUUUCUGAGGAUGGCGAUAAGACAGUUUGAGCAAGGAAUGCCAAUAGUUUGCGCUGGAAAGGAACGACGUGUGGGGGUUUAAAUCGAAAAGCCCGCCAGGUUUGGAUGGGGGAACUCACAAAGUGAUUGCACCGAGCGAACAAAAGGUGAGAGGGGAUGGAUGGAGUAAGUCAGUUUGAGAAGGGGCGUAUCCAGGCGCUCCAGCAGGAGAGGAUCCACAUCCAGCAGAAAACCUUCACCAAGUGGAUAAACUCCUUCCUGGAAAAGAACAGUGUGGCUGUCGGUGAGCUGUUUAAGGACCUUCAGGAUGGAGUCCUCCUCCUGCAGCUGCUGGAGAUCAUCUCCAACGAACGUCUGCCGCGCGCCAGCAGGGGGCGUCUCAGGGUCCACAAGAUCGAGAACGUCAACAAGGCGCUCAAGUUUCUCAAGGACAAAAGGGUUAAGUUGGAAAGCAUUGGAGCAGAAGACAUUGUUGAUGGCAACCCUAGACUUACCCUGGGCCUGAUCUGGACCAUCAUCCUCCGCUUCCAGAUUCAGGACAUCAAGCUCGAGGAAGAAGAAAGCAAUGAGAAGAGGUCUGCCAAGGAAGCUCUGCUGAUCUGGUGCCAGAGGAAAACUGCAGGAUACCGGAGCUGUAAGGUGGACAACUUCACCACAAGCUGGAGCAAUGGACUGGCCUUCAAUGCCCUCAUACAUGCACACAGACCAGACUUGAUCAACUAUGACAGAUUGAAUCCCUCGGAGCACAUCAACAACCUGAACAAUGCCUUCAGUGUAGCCCAGGAGAGGCUGGGCAUCUCAAGACUGCUAGAUGCAGAAGAUGUAGACAUUGCCAAGCCAGAUGAGAAGUCCAUCAUGACAUAUGUGGCUGCAUAUUACCACUACUUUGCCAAAAUGAAGAGUGAACAGACAGGGAGCAAGAGAAUAGCUAAGAUCAUGGACUUCCAGAUUGAGAUUGACCGUAUGAAGACAGACUAUGAGCGCAUGGUGGAGGCUUUGUUAGAGUGGAUCAGUGAGAAACAGGAGCAGCUGGACAGCAGACAGUUCCCCAACACACUGGAGGGGGUGCAGAGGGAAACCACCAAGUUUAAACAGUACAGGACUAUUGAGAAACCACCGAAGUACAAUGAGAGAGGCCUGAUAGAAGCCCAGUUCUUUGACAUCCAGACAAAGUUGAGAGCAAACAACCAGAGACCAUACGUUCCACCAGAGGGCAGGAUGCUAAAUGAUGUGGAAAGAGCGUGGCAGCAGCUAGAGUCAUCGGAACAUGCCCGGGAGAUUGCACUGCGUGAGGAAACCAGCAGACAAGAGAGACUACAACAGCUUGCAGGGAAGUUUGAAAGAAAGGCAUUGUUGAGAGAGACCUAUGUGAAGGACAUGGACCGUGUUCUGGAUGAGCGGUACUUUGUAGUGAAGGACUCAGCAUCGGUGGAGGCAGCCAUCAAGAAACAUGAAGCCAUAAGUGCAGAUCUUCUACCCAGGAAAGAAAGAUUCACCAUGCUGUCUCAGAUGGCUAAUGAACUGUGGAAAGAAAACUAUCAUAGGAAGGAAGAGGUCAAAGGAAGAGAAGACACGAUUGUACAGAAAUGGUCACAGCUGCUACAGCUGGUGGAGAGACGGGGCCAGACACUGGCCAACUUUAAGGACCUGAUGGACAUGUUCAGGGAGAUGGAGAGCAUCAAUGCAGAGAUCAAGGAGAUUGAGGGCCAGGUACAGUCGGAGGACUAUGGGAAACACCUGUUUGGUGUGGAGGACCUGCUGCAGAAGCACCAGCUGAUGGAGGCUCACGUCAAGUCCCUCGGGCAGCGGGUGGACAGGGUCAAUGUCAAGGGCAACGGCUUCAUCGGCAGUCAGCACGCAGAAAGUGCCACCAUCCAGAAGAAGCUGGAAGAUGUCAGUGCCAAUUAUGACAGGCUGAAGACCAGGAGUGGCAUCAGAAGAUCCAAGCUGGAGGACGGACUGAACCACUAUGAGUUCCUGAGAGACACAGAGGAGGAGGAGGGGUGGGUCAUGGAGAAACAGCGCAUCGCCAAGUCUGUGGUGACAGGCAAGGAUCUGCACAGUGUGCUCAGCCAGCAACAGAAACACAAGGCUCUUGAGGCUGAGAUGGCAGCUCGCCACCCCCAGUUGGAGGCUGUGUGUGAGCGAGGCCAGGCCCUGUGUGACUCCAAACACCCCCACUGCCGGGAGAUCGGCAUCAAGGUGAAGGGACUACAGGAGAAGUGGGACCGGCUCAAGGACCUGGCAGUGUCCAGACGUAUCCGGCUGGAGCAGGCCGUCCUGGCACAUCAGUAUUACACAGAUGGGAAUGAGGCAGAGUCAUGGAUGAGAGAGAAGAUGCCACUUGUUUGCAGUGAGGACUAUGGCAAGGAUGUACAGAGUGCUCAGUCCUUACUCCAGAGACACGGGUACCUAGAAGAAGAGAUCAGAGCAUAUGAGAGUGGCAUCCAGAAACUUGGAGAGCAGGCACAACAUAUGAUCGACUCUGGGACAAUGAACCAGCUACAGUCUACCAACAGUCCCUCCAUCAAUGGAGAGCCAGAUGAAGACCAGUACCUUGAGGAGCUGGUGGAGGUUCCGUACGAGGUGGAGGUGGAGAGGACAGUGGAGAAGGAGACUGUGCGGGAGGUGGUGGAGGACAGGAAGGUGCCUCAGGUCAAGGCCAUGUACAAGUACAGCGGCAAGGGCAUGAGUGUGGACAGGGGACAGGUUUUGGUCCUGACGAGUAAAACCAAUAAGGACUGGUGGUGUGUAAGGAGGCCAGAUGGAGUGGAGGGAUACGUACCUGCUAACUAUGUCAAGGAGGUGGAGGGCAAGGUCGUACAGAAGAAGGUCAAGAGAAAGGUCAAGGUACCAGAAAAGGUCAAGGUCAAGGAGGUCAAGACAAGGAAGGAGUUGGUGAAGAGGAAAAACCCACUUUACUCUAAAGCAUCAGCCGAGACCAGUGUGCACUUUGACCGGGACAACCUUGAGGAGAGACAACAGAACAUCUCGGCCACCUACAGAAGACUGGUCAAACUGGCACAGGCGAGAAGACGUUACCUUGAGGACUCUAUCCAGCUGUUUGGGUUCUACCGUGAGUGUGAUGAGUUUGAGUCGUGGAUGCAGGACCAGGAGAAGGUCAUGAAGAGUGUGGAGAGCAUGAAAGACAACGUCGAGGCCAUGAAAAGAAAGUUUGAGAACCUGAUGACAGCGCUGGCUGCCAAUGCCGGCAGGAUGAAGAAGAUUGACCAGCUGGCUGAUGAGUUCGUCAAGACGGGCCACAGUCAGCAGAAACCUGUCAGGGCAACAUUGAGCUGUUUGAGCGAACAUGUGAUGACACUAAAGAGUGGAUGCAAGAGAAGUUUGCAGCCCUGUCCAACGAUGACCUGGGAAACAGUGUCAAAGGAGUGAAGGCGCUGCAGAGGCAGCAUCAGAACCUUGAGAGAGAACUGGGACCUGUAGAAGAUAAGAUCUCCAAGCUUCAGCUGUUGGCAACUGCGGUGAAGACAGCUCAUCCAAGUGAGAAUGCACCAAUCACUCUCAAAGAGGAAAGGAUUCUGAACAUGUGGCAACAGUUGAAGGACAAGGCAAGUCUGAGGAAAGCCCAGCUGGCACAGUCACAUGACACACAGAAGUUUCAGGCAGAGAACAAGGAUUUGAUGUCAUGGUUGAGCUCAGUGAAAGAACAGCUGAAAAGUGAGGAGCUGGCCAGAGAUGUGCUGCAUGCAGAGGAGCUGAUCAAGCAACACCAGGAACUGAAGGAUGACAUUGCAGCUCACCAGGACAGUUUCAAAGAGCUGCAGCGUCUGGGAGAGCGGCUGCUGAGGAAGGCCCCGACCAAUCGUGACCUGCGCAGGAAGGUGGAGCUGCUGAAACAGGAGCAGCAGAACCUGCAGGCAGCCUGGAGCAGCAGGGAGGAGCAGCUGCGAGACUCACACGAGCUGCAGCUGUUUCAUCGAGAGGCAGACCAGAUUGACUCUGUCACUGGCAGCCAUGAGGCAUUUCUGGAGUUUGAUGAAUUGGGGAGUACAGUGGACAGUGUGCAGGGGCUGCUGAAGAGACAUGAGGAGUUUGAACACACCCUACAAGUACAAGACGAAAGGAUCAACACCCUGAAUGACAUUGCCAACAAACUAAUACAGGCCAGACACUAUGCCAGCAGACAGAUUGAUCAGAAGAGAAACCAGGUGGUGGAGAGAAGGAAGAAGGUGAAGGGCAAGGCCAAGGACAGACGAGCAGCUCUCCAGGCAUCUCUGACGUACCAGGAGUUCCUCAGAGAUGUUGAAGAGCUGUCGCAGUGGAUCAGGGAGAAGUACAAGGCAGCUACAGACGAGUCGUACCGAGACCUGACCAACCUGCAGGGGAAACUACAGAAGCAUGAGGCCUUUGAGGCUGAGCUAAGAGCAAACACUGAACGACUAGAUAGAGCCAACCAGGCUGGAAAGGCCCUGGUUGCAGAGAGACACUAUGCCAGGAAGGAGAUUCAGGAGACACUGAGGGACCUCAACACACAGUGGGCAGAUCUGUAUGACAGGUCAUCAGACAAGGGUGUGAAGCUGCGCCAGGCGGCCCAGCAGCAGCAGCUGAACACCCUGCUGAGGGAAGCCCAGGACAGGAUGGAUGAGAUGGAAGUACUGCUGGGUGUGCAGGACCUCGGCAAGGACCUCAGGGGAGCAAGGAAUCUCCUCAAGAAACACCAGGCCCUGGAACAGGAGAUGUCCCAGCAGGCUGAGAAGAUCCAGUCCAUCGUGAGCCAGGCCCAAGCACUGGCCAGGGCGGGGCACUUUGAUGCCAAGAGGAUCAUGCAGAACACCAAGGACUUCCAGCAGAGGUUCCAGUCUCUGCAGGCCCCCAUGCUGAGGAGACGAGGUGAGCUGGAGGACUCGGUCCGUCUGCAGGAGUUCCUGCGUGACCUUGAUGAGGAGAUGAGGUGGAUUCGGGACCACAUGCCGGCAGCCACAUCAACGGACUAUGGGAAAAGCCUGGAUGCAGCUCUGAAACUACAGAAGAAACACCAGAAAUUAGAGGUUGAGGUGACGGGCCACCAGCCGGUGAUUGAGAAGGUUCUCGGUGAGGGACAGGACCUGAUCGAGGCGCAGCAUUACGCUGUGGAGGAGAUUGAUGGGAAGUGUGAGGAACUGAGCAGUGCCUGGGCUGAGCUGGUGGAGAGGUCAGAGGAGAGACGGGCACAACUCAGGCUGUCUGUCGAGGGGCAGCAGUUCCUGGCUGAUGCCAAUGAGGUGGAGAGUUGGGUUGCAGAGAAGUCCCGUCUGGCAUCCAGUACAGACUAUGGUAAGGAUGAGGAUGCAGCAGAGAAAGCCAUCACCAAACACAAGGCGUUAGAAGUGGACAUGGCUACCUAUAAGGGUUUGGUGAAACAGCUACAGCACAAGUCCCAGAAACUAAAGGAGGCUGGCCAUGUCAACGCAAAGACCAUUCAGGAUAGACAUUCUAACCUGGAAGGGCAGAUGAAGUCCCUUGAGACACUGAUGGGUGAUCGCAGUGUCCAUCUGGAUGAGUCUAAGCAGCUCUUUGCUUACGCCCGAGAAACAGACGACCUUCAGGAGUGGAUCAAUGAACAUCUGAUGGUGGCAGCAUCCGAGGACUAUGGCCAGGAUUAUGAACAUUUGCAGGUCUUGCUGUCAAAGUUUGAGGAUCUGAAGCACAAGAUGGGUCAGGGUCAGCGCAGAUUUCAGCAGUGUGAGAGGAACGCUACCCGGCUGGUAGAGAUGAUUAACACCUACUCACCUGCCAUUCAGGAGAGACAGGAGGGACUCAGAGAGUCCUGGACCCUGCUGCAGGAGCACACCAAGGCCAGGGAGGAGAAGCUGGUGGCUGCGGAGGAGAUCCACAGGUUCAACAGAGAUGCAGCUGAGGCUAUGAGCAGGAUACAGGAAAAGUAUGCAGCCAUCCCAGAUGACCUGGGGAGGGACCUGAACACUGUUCAGAGCCAGCAGAGGAGACACGAAGGGUUUGAGAAUGAACUGGUGGCACUGGAGGCACAGCUCCAGGUGCUGAUCGAUGACUCAGCCAGGCUGCAGGCCUUGUUCCCAGGUGGGAAUGCAGAGCAGAUUGCUGAGCAGCAGGAGGUUCUGGUGUCCAGCUGGAACGCCCUGCAGGAGAGAACCGUACAGCGCAGGGAGGAGCUUCAACAGGCUCUUGACUUCCAGAAGUUUCUGGCCUCGGUGAGAGACCUACUUGCCUGGAGCGGUGAGACCACACGAGAAAUGCUGGCAGAGGAGGCGGGACGAGACGUUGCCACCACGGAUGAGCUGCGGAGACAGCACGCUCAGCACAAGGUGGAGAUCGACGCUCGAGAGGACAGCUUUGGUGCCAUUGUGCAGGCAGGGGAGAUGAUGAUGGAGGCUGGCCAUUAUGCUAAAGAUGAGAUCCAGGAGAAGGUUCAGCAGGUGGUUGAGGAGAAAGGGAAGCUGCUGCAGACGUGGGAGGACCACAGGAAACACCUGGAUGAUGCCUACAACCAGCAGGUGUUCAACAGGGAUGCACAGCAGCUGGACAGGCUCAGCAGUGAACAGGAGGUGCACCUGAGGAGUAGUGAGCUUGGCAGUACUGUGGAGCAGGUGGAGAGGCUCAUCAAGAGACAUGAGGCCUUCCAGAAACUGCUGGCAGCCCAGGAGGACAAGGUUGUUGCCUUGCAUGAGCUUGCUGCCAGACUUCUCGCAGAGGAACACUUUGACUCAACCAACAUCAAAGACACCCUGGUUAGAGUCAUGGAAAGGAGAGCCAAUGUGAAGGAGGCAGCAGCAGAGAGAAGACGGAAGCUGGGUGACUCCAUGCUCUAUGUGCUCUUUAACCGGGAUGUCAUUGAGGUUGAGGGCUGGAUAUCAGAGAAGCUCCAGAUCGCGACAGACGAGUCGUACCGCGACACCACCAGUCUGCAGGACAAGAUGGCCAAGCUGAAGAAACACCAGGCCUUCGAGGCUGAGAUCACUGCCAACAGGGAGAGGAUCAACAGGAUCAAAAAGCAAGGAGACCAGCUGGUGUCCAAGAACCACCAUGCCUCUGUUGAGAUCAAGCGCAGGGCUGCCGCAGUCCUACGGGCGUGGCAGGAACUCCUGCAGGCGUCUGCAGCCCGAGGGAAGGGCCUGGAGGAGGCACGCGAUAUCCUGGAGUUCACACAGCAGGCUGACCAGGUCAUCCAGUGGGUCAAGGAAAAGGAACUGUUGGUAUCAGCUGGAGAAUUGGGCAGGGAUUAUGAACACUGUCUGGAGCUGCAGAAGAAACUGGAUGACUUUGGCUCGGAUCUGACUGUAGAUGAUGCAAGGAUCAAAAGUGUAAACAAGCUAGCAGAUCGGCUGGUACUACAGGCCAAACUGGACACCAAGGACGUGCUGGACAAAAGAAAAACCAUGAAUGAGAGGUGGAAUAACCUGCAGGAGGCCCUGAAAGCCUACAGAGUCAGGCUGGCUGGUGCACUGGAGGUCCAUGCUUUCAACAGGGACUGUGAUGACACCAAUGAUAGAAUCAAGGAAAAGGAAAAAGCCAUGUCCAGUGAGGACUAUGGAAAAGACCUAGCUUCGGUGGAGUCACUCCAAAGAAGACAUGAGGAUAUGGAGAGAGACAUGACGGCCAUAGUGGCAAAACUAGAGGCACUUGGGACUGAGGCUGAGACACUGGUACACAAACAACCCAACAUGGCAGAAGCCAUACAGCAGAAACAGGUGGAAGUUAUCGAGAACUGGGAGAAACUGAACGACCAUGCUGAGGCUAGGAAGGAGAAGUUGGCUGCUUCCUACCAGCUGCAAAAGUUCCUCAAGGAAUUUAAAGAUCUGAACACCUGGAUGAGUGACAUGGUGGGGAGGAUGACCUCAGGUGAACUGGCCAAGGAUGUGGCUGGAGCUGAGAACAUGCUGGAGCUGCACAAUGAGAGGAAGGUGGAGAUAGAAGGGAGGGAAGAGUCGUUCAAGGCCCUGAGUACAUUUGGAAAGACCCUGAUUUCUGAAGGUCACUAUGCUUCAAAUGACAUCCAGCUGCACCUGGAAAACCUGGCAGAUGCACAGGCGCACCUGCUUGACACCUGGGAGGAGCGCAACAUCCUCUUAGCACAGUGCUAUGACCUCCAGAUGUUUCACGAGUAUGCAGAACAGGGUGACACGUGGCUUGGAGGGAAGGAGGCCUUCCUCCACAAUGAAGAUGUUGGGGACUCCCUGGAAAGUGUAGAGUCUCUGAACAGAAAACACGAGGGCUUUGAGAAGACCCUGGAGACACAGAUUGAGAAGCUGGAAGUGUUGCAGCAGUUUGCAGGCCAGCUGACGGAGGCGGGGCACUAUCAGUCAGACAAGGUGCAGGAGAGGUGCAAGCAGGUCAUGGAGAGGAAGGAGCAGUUGAAGCAAAGAGCCAGUGGGAGGAAGAAGAGACUGGAGGAGUCCAAGGCUCUGCACCAGUUCCUCAGGAACACUUAUGAGGUUCUUGGUUGGAUCAAUGAGAAGAUGCAGACUGCGCUGGAUGAGUGUUACAGGGACCCCACCAACCUGCAGAGCAAACUGCAGAAGCACCAGGCAUUUGAGGCUGAACUGUCGGCCAACAAGGGCAGGGUGGAUGGAGUCAAGAGGGAAGGAGAAGACUUGAUCGAGGCUGAUCACUUUGCUACAGCGGAGAUCCAGGCAAAGGUUGUAGAGGUGGAGACUAACUGGGAGAAACUGACGGAUGCCACACAGGUCCGCAGGGACAGACUACAGGAUGCACAUCAGGCUCAGCAGUUUUUCCACCUAGUGGAUGACCUGGAGUCGUGGCUGGGGGAGGUGGAGGUUCAGCUGGGGUCACAGGACUUGGGCAAGGACCUCAUCUCAGUCAACAACCUCAUCAAGAAACACCAGCAACUUGAGGCUGAGAUUGGGACCCAGCAGACCAAGAUGGAGGAGAUCCUGACCUCAGCAGCAGCCUACAGGGACAAACAACACUUCCUGGCAGAUAAUAUCCAGGAGAGGGCUGCAGUUAUCACAGACAGAUUCAACGGCCUAUCAGAGCCCAUGCAGCUUCGGCGGGAUAACCUUGAGGACACGUUGGUGCUGCAGCAGUUCUACCGGGACGUGGAGGACGAGCUGGCCUGGGUGCGCGAGAAGGAGCCGCUGGCCACCUCCACCGACCUUGGGCAGAACCUCACGUCUGUGCAGAGCCUGCAGAAAAAACAUCAGGCACUGGAAGCUGAGAUUAGUAGUCACGAGCCGCUGGUCGAUGCAGUGCUGAACACGGGACAGCACCUGAUUGGUGGAGAGCACUACGCUUCAGCAGACAUCCGGUCUCGUCUGGAGGACCUGAUGCGUGGCAUGCAGCAGCUCAGGCAGCAGACAGUCCACAGGGCAGCUCAACUGGCAGAGGCUUAUGAGUUACAAAAGUUCUAUGCUGAAGUGAGUGAGGCUGAGUCGUGGAUGAAUGACAGGAGACCUCUCCUCACCAGCACAGAAUAUGGCAAGGAUGAGUACUCUGCACAGGCCCUGCUGAAGAAACUGGACACCCUUGACCGUGACCUGGAGGGGUUCAGGUCCACUGUGGACAGCCUGGCUGUGCUGGCCAAAAGUCUGGUCAACAAGAAACACUAUGCUGCAGCCAAGAUUAAGCAGAAACAGGCCCAGGCACAGGAGCACUUUGCUGCGCUGCAGGAGUCAGCCGCUAGGAGGCGUGCCCGACUGGUGGAAUGUCACAAACUGUACCAGUUCUACAGGGAGGCCGAUGAGGUCUGUGCCUGGAUUAGGGAGAAGGGCACAGUUGCUGCCUCAGAGGACUAUGGGAAAGACUUGGAGCAUGUUCAGAUCCUCCAGAAGAAGUUUGCAGACUUUGUGCAGCAGGUGUCCAACAGUGAGAAGCGGGUGACCUCUGUCAGUGACCUUGGUAAAGCGCUGUGUGACGAGCAGCACACAGAUGCGGCCGCCAUCAUCGCACGCUGCAGCGAGGUCAACCAGCAGUGGUCAGAGCUGAAGGAGAUGACCCAGUCCAGACAAGAGGCCUUAGAUGGAGCCCGUCAGGUGCACACGUUUGAUCGUGACUGUGAGGAGACCAAGAGUUGGAUCCAUGAGAAGGAGAUGCAGCUGUCAUCAGAGGACUACGGACACGACCUGGCCAGCGUGCAGGCUGCUGUCAGGAGGCACGAGGGCGUGGAGCGUGAUCUGGCUGCUCUCGGUGUCCAAGUGGACAGCAUCAACCGGGAGGCGUCUCGGCUGAACACCAUCCUGCCUGACGCCAGGCACCACAUUGACAGCAGACGUGAGGAUGUCGCCAAUGCCUGGAAUGCACUCCUGAACAGUGCCCUGGAGAGGAAGGAUCGACUUCAGCAGGCUGAGAAGCUGCAACUGUACUUCAACGACUACAGGGAGCUCAUGGCAUGGACCAAAGAGAUGAAGGCCAUCAUUUCCCGACCAGAGGAGGCUAAGGACGUGUCAGGGGUGGAAGCCAUCAUCGCUCGUCAUGUGGAGCACAGAGCAGAGAUUGACGGACAGCUGGACAACUUUGAGAAGUUUGUGCAGGCUGGACAGGCACUCAUCGACAAGGGACACUUCCUGGCUGGGGAGGUGCGUGAGAAGGUGGAGCGGCUGAACACUGCUCUGGAGGGUCUCCUGCAGCUGUGGGAGGAACGCAGACAGACCUACGAGAACAUGUUGGAUGCACAGAUGUUUAAGCGUGAGGCUGAGCAGGCUGAUACCUGGCUGGACCUGAGGAAGUCUGUCGCAGCUGAUGCAGACUAUGGGGACUCAGUCAGUGCAGUGGAGGAACUUAUGAAGAAACAAGAGGACUUUGAGAAAACACUAGCUGCCCAAGAGGAGAAAUUUGCAGCUCUGAAUAGGCUCACUAUGACUGAACAAAGAAGUGAUGAGCACAAGGCAAACCUGGCUCAGUUGCAGAGGGAGGAAGAACAACGGAAGGAACAGCAGAGGCUGGAAGAGAUGAGGAAGAGGGAGCAGGAACGGAUACUGGAAGAACGGCGACAGGAACAGGAGAGGAAAAAAGCCAGGGAAGAACAAGAAAGGAAGGAGAGGGAGGCCAAAGAGAGGCUUGUCGCUGAGCAAAAUGCACGUUUGGAGGCAGAGGCCAACCGACUGGAACAGGAGAGAAAUGAACAGGCAAACAGAACACCUGUUAAGUCACCUGUGGUGGCACCCAGAACACCUAUUCAGACAGCUGGACAGUCGCAAAGAACACUUGAGCAGGAGCCUGCAUCUGGAGAGUUGCAGUCACAAAGAAUACCUUCCCAGGUGUCAGUUCCUGUGGCAGCAGAGAGAACACCCGUGCAGGUGCCAGUGUCAAAAAGAGGACCAUCUCAGACACCUGCAGUUGCUCAGGAUCGAAGUCGAGCAGCACCUCAGACUCCAUCCAAAGUCCACGUACCUGUUGCAAGCAAGGUGACCACACCGCCCCAGUCUCCCAGGGUGGAGGUGAAGGAAGAUGUGCCGGAUGCAGCAGCUCCUAUAACAGAGGUAGAACUGCCCAGUGAAGCUGUGGUAGCUUCAGCUGCACCCAUGGCAGCAGCUGCACCACCAUUUGGAAAGACGGCUAAGAAGGAAGACACUCAAGUAGUUAAGGUGGUGGAGCUACCUAAUGAUAGUGUGAAGUCAGUGAUCCCAAAGAAAGGGCAGGCCGGCAAGAAAAGACCAGAUAUGCAGAGUGAGAGGGAAGGUACAUUGGAACGGAAGCAGGAGCUUCAGCCUAAUGGAAAAAGGUCGACUGUUCGAGCCUGGAAGAGUUACUACACUGUCCUCUCUGGGCCUCUCUUGUGUUUCUACAAAGAUCAGAAGGACUGGACACAGAGCUCUACUGCUGGGCCCUCCAUCCCGCUCCAAGGUGCUACCUGUGAGGUGGCUGUUGACUACCACAAGAAGAAGCAUGUCUUCAGACUCAGACCAUGUGAUGGGUCAGAGUACCUGUUUUCUGCUAAGUCCCACUUGGACAUGAGGCAGUGGAUCAGCAAAUUACAGAUUCAAGCAAACUUACCACCACAGCAAGUAAUCUCCCCAGAUCCUUCACCCACGAAGGUGCGCUCACCCUCCAGCAGUUCAUCAGAAAGUGCGAGGUCAUCGUCCACUGCACCAUCCUCCCCUCCCACUUCCCCACCAGCUAAAGUGGUGAAGCCCCAGGCCCCCAAACCCCCAGUAGCUCCCAAGCCUACCUCGCCCGAGGCUCCCAGAACCUGGAGGAGGUACCCUACUCCCACAGAAACCCCAAGCCCGACCUUCCCAGAAGAAAAGUCCUCCCCACGGCAGGAGAAGGCCCUGGCGAAGCAGGAAGCUGUUUCUGACUCCCCGAAAUCUGUUCUCAAGGAUGCAGAACCUCAGAGAAAACCUGCUUUAAAGAAGACACGCAGCGACAGUCCAUCAAGAAUUCCGAGGAAGAGUUCCUUUUCCGGCUCCUCUCGAUCAGCAUCUCCCAGGUCGGGUUCUCCUUGCCCGGGCUCAAGACCAUCCACCCCAACCAGAAUACCAGUGCCGGACCAACCCAGCAGGCCGGCUCCUAAACUGCCCAUCGAGAAACAGACCUCUUCACCAGCAGCCAUCAGACCACCCAUGACCACAUUCCGAGCAGGAGAUAGAGUCAGACUCUCCUCGGACACCUCCAGCCAUUCCUCUGUGGAGGGAAUUCCUCCCGUAAAGGCCUCCCUUGUGGGGUCAGAACGGACACGUUUUCCUUCUGAUACUUCCAGUCAUUCCUCAGCAGAGGGAAUCCCUGCAGCAUCCACUCCACCAAGUGUCAGAAGACUUCAUUCAAGAGGCGCAGAUUCACCCACUAACCAGGACACCGGAUCGCAAAUCCCCAUUCGGAAAACUGGUUCCCCCAAGGGGAUACGUAGACCACCUGUGAGACAGGUGGGCUCGCUUGUCGCUAACCGAGCCAAGGCAUUCCAGAGUGGAGGCAUGAUACAGCAGGGUGGAGCUCCAACGUCUCCACGUCGGACAUUCACCCCAACCGCCCUCGGGACCACUUCUGCAGACAGUGAGACCAGUAACAACAGUAACAGUAAUGGCACUGGCUUUGAAAAGGCUGUGCCACAUAAAGCUGUCCCUCCCCCUCCACAAAGAGUCCCCCCACCUCCCCCACAAGCACCUCCUCCCCAACCCCCAGCAUCGAACAAUGUGCAGGCCAGCUUCAAGGCCUGCUUGGACGACCUGGUGCAAAAGGUGGAAGACCGCAGAGCGAGGGCUUCAUCGAGCUCAGCAGAGAAUGACACCAGCGUGAGGUUGUCCACAAGCUCAAACACAAGGUCGUCCACAAGUUCCACUGACAACGGAGCCACAACAGACAGCAGUGGGACUCUACAGGACCCCUUCCAGGAGGUCCUGAGCCUUGUUGGAGAAGCUGACAACACUUCCAUCACAUCAGAGCACAGCACAACAUCGUCGCUGACAUACAGCUACACAGAUGAUGUCCCUGCCUACGACCCAUCAGGCCUGCUGCAGGGACCAACCAGAAGGAGGGAAAACUCUGUACCAGAGGAUGACCUGCCCCCUCCUCCUGCUCCUGACAAGAAAAUGACCCCUCGGCAAGGCCCCAGUAAACCUGGUGUCAUAAAGGCAUUUCAGCACAUCCCUGAACCCAAACGAGAAGGCCCUUCUGUUGUUAACAAAGUCAAGGGUCUUUUUGAAAGUGGUGCUUUGAAAUUGCCCUUUUCAUCUUCAGCCUCUUCUUCACCACCAAAGCACCCAGCAGGGUUUUCAAAGAAGACAAAAGUACCAAAGCUAAACCUGCAAGAGACAGAUAGUGGAGGAGAAUUUUCUACUACUCUGGUCACCCCAGCUUCCUCCAGUAGAUCUGAUUUGUCUCCAAGAGCAGGAAGGUCACCAAGAGAUCACGUACAACUGUUCAAUGACAACCUGAAAAUGGCGCCCACAUCCCUUCGUGGUGCCACAGAGGAGGAGUCUGUGACUUACACAGCCGUGGUGGGAGACCUGAUCCAGUUGGAUACACCCACAAACUCACCCAGGCCAGACUCUGCCUCGUCCCGAACAAUGCACCAUGCAAAACUGGUGCAUGUCUCGGACUCUGACAGCACCACCCACUCCGACAGCACCCCGGUUGCCUCCCCAACACGAUGUACUGCCUUUGAGCCCAUCAAACUCCCCCCGCCUAAGCCACUUAAUCGCAACAUCUUCAAAAUGUUUGAGGAGGGAGGAGGAUUCAUGGCUGGAUCACCACAGUCUGCUCCUGGUCCAGCAAAACACACCUUCUCUGAACGUGGUAAGACCAAGUUCUCCAGAGCUAAGUCAUUUCAUGGUGAAGCACCCAAAGAGUCUGCCACAAAUCUGCCAGCUUCAGCACCAAAGAAGCAAGAAAUUCAGGCAGAAAAACCCACAGAGUACUUAGUGACUGUGUCAUGUCCAGCAGCUGUACUACGCAGGUCUCUCCGACAGGCCAAGUCAGAAGGGGACCUGCUUAUGCCACAAGCUUUGGAUUCUGUGGCUGAGUUGCCACCCACCUCUACUACAUCUGCUGUUUCACCCACACCUACAGCAGAUGCAUCCUUCACAACCUCUGAUAAAGAUGAGUCACUUUCCCAGACAGAGAGUCCCUGCCCAACUACCCAUGCUCAUACAAUGCAAGAUUCCACAGACAGCAGUCAACACCAGGCACAAGACUCCACAGGAUCUGGUAGAUGGACAACUGUUCAUGUCUCCUCCAGCCCUGGAUUCUCUGUCCACCACAGCACAGCCACACCUACCAGGCCAAAGACUAUGCACAAAGAAAACAGUUUUACAGAUCAGCCGUCACCUCAUGUUUCAUCCUCCACUGUCAAAUCUGAGUGGAAUGGCUCCUGUAAACUUGAUGAAGAGCACUGUGAAGAGGUGGACCAGCAUAACAAGUCAGUAACUGUCUUCAACAGUCCUCGAGAAGCAUGGGUACAUCCCAACAGACCCACCAGUCCUGUGGUACAGAGUCAACAAGGCAGGUAUCAUAACAAACUGAUAACCAUCUCCCCUAGUCCUGCUGAUCAGCCUGAACAGUCAGCACAUCCUAGCCCUGCAGUUGAGACUGAUGCUGGAUUUGUAACCAUCUCCCCAAGUCCUGAUGCUGUGUUCUCUUCAACUCCACCUGCAUCUUCUUCAAUGUGGUCAAACUCUGAAGAUGAAGAAUUUUCUCCACCUCUGUCUUCAGUUGACCCUGCGCAAAAUCAUCCAAAGGGUGGCCAGGGUGAGGACCAACAGUGGACAUACUAUACAGUGACUCCAGUUAGUUACCACAGUGGCUCUGUAUCACCUCGUUCUGUUGUAACUAUAUCUCCAACACCAGUGGAAAGCUUCAACAGUGCUGCAUCACCUCCACCAGAGGAAGAUCCCGAUGGGGUACAGGCCAGUCAAAGCAGCUCCACCAGCCCACCCACACCAACGUAUGUUACACCUUCUGGUGUCACAACAUCCAGCUCUCAAGAGUCUGAGGAACUACCACUAUUCCCAACCAGUCCACCUGGUUCCCUUCUGCAAAGUAUGGAAACCCCUGCCAUGCCUUGUUUGGAGCCCUCUCCCAUGGCUCCUGUACAUGAGUACUUUGAUGACACUGAUUUCACUCUGAAUUCCAUGGAACCGGUGAUCUUCCGUGACAAGCCCCUGACUGCAGACAUGCACGUCCCUGUGGUGUCUGGCAUCCAUGGUGAACAGGACAACUCAGUUGUCACACUUCUGUCUGAAGAGAAGAGAGGCAGUCCUUCUCUCCCUACUCCUCCACCCUCCCCCAUCCCAAGUGAGUCAGAUGGAGAGGUCUUCCCCAUCACUGUCCACCUGGAAGAUUACUGUAUGGAGAGCAGGAUUGUCCCCUGCCCACCAACACCCCCACCUGCCAGUCAGGAUAGAACAGGCCAGGAGUGGACCUUACAACUGGAGGAUGUUACACUGCACCUGUCCAGGCCACCCGACACACCUACAAGUCCUUCAUCCUCCAUUAAGGACCCAUCACUACAACAUCGCAUUUCAUCAGAGGGAGAAGACCUUAUCCAGUUUGAGGAUGGACCAACUGAAGCAACUGAGUCGGCACCACCUAGACAAUCUUCACCCGUGUUUGUCGCUUCUGCAUUUCUGGUCUUACGCGACCGUGAUUCUUCAUAACAGCCAAGUAUCCCCCCACCAGAGCCCCCGGGAAGACCAUCUGCACCCCCACCAGACCCCCCCAAACGGAAGGCUCCUCCACCGCCGCGUCGAGCUCCCACCACAACCUUGUCUGAAAAUGUCACCCUCAGUCCACCCAGCACCCCUC